AUGGGGGACUGCUGCUUGUCAGGCACGGGGGAGAGCGGGAAGAGCACGUUCAUCAAGCAGAUGAGAAUCAUACAUGGCAGGGGCUACACAGAAGAGGACAGGAUGGCCUAUGCCAAGCUGGUGUUCCAGAAUAUCUUUGUUUCCAUUCACAACCUGCUUCAAGCCAUGGAGCACCUGAAUAUCCCUUUUGCUGAUGAAAAAAACAAAACAUAUGCUGCAAUGCUUAACAGUGUGAUCCCAGAAACAGUACAGUCACUGGAGCCUAAACAUGCUGAAGCCAUCAAGAGUGUGUGGAAAGACCAAGGCCUGCAGAAAUGCUUUGAACGCAGGAGAGAGUUCCAGUUAUCAGACUCUACCAAAUAUUACCUCGAUGACAUUGACAGAAUAUCUGUAGCCUUUUACUUGCCGACGAUUCAGGAUAUUCUGCGAGUCCGAAUUCCAACCACAGGCAUCAUUGAGUACAUCUUUGACCUCCAGACAGUCAUAUUCAGAAUGGUGGAUGUUGGAGGCCAAAAGUCAGAGAGACGGAAGUGGAUCCAUUGUUUUGAAAACGUUACUUCCAUCAUCUUCCUGGUGGCUCUGAGCGAGUACGACCAGGUCUUAUAUGAGUGUGCCAAUGAGAACCGCAUGGAGGAGAGUAAGGCCCUUUUUAAGACAAUCAUCUCCUACUCCUGGUUCCAGGAGUCCUCUAUCAUCCUCUUCCUCAAUAAAACAGAUAUCCUGAGGGAGAAGAUCUCAAAGUCACAUCUUGUAGACUACUUUCCACAAUAUACAGGUAUAAAAACAUAA